AGUCCGAGGUUGCUCUGUAAGCGAGGUCGAGGUUUGAUAUUCUUUUUUGUGCGUUUCUUUUCUUUGCUUUGUAAUUGAGGUCGAGGCUUGGAAUUAUCCUGUCUUAUCUCUCUGCGUUGCAUGUUAAUACUUAAGUCUUGAAGAAUAUGGCUAACAAGACGAAAAUGCAUCUCCAUCAUCCACAUCAACAUUGCAUGGAACCAAUACCAGGCUCUCACGAAAGUACAUUCGAAAACGCUUCGGUCCUAGUCAACCAAGCAGCAUUGUGAAAAGGGAGAAAAAAACUUGUCAUAAGCAGCCUCGCCUCACUUGAUAUCAAACAUCUACACUACUACUCCUGAACCCCCUUGAUCUUCUGAUCCAGCCACAACCAUGACAAAAACCGUCGUAGUCCUAGGUGCUGGACUGGCCGGGUUACCAGUCGCCCACUACCUCCUUAGCCAAACAUCCAAAACCGUCCCCGACCUGCGCGUAAUCCUCGUGUCCCCCAACGACGAGUUUUACUGGAACGUAGCUAGCGUCCGCUUCACCAUACCCGGCCUGAUACCAGACUCCAAGUACCUCUUCUCCAUCCCCGAGAACUUCGCCAAGUACCCAUCCUCCAAGUUCGAAUUCCUCGCCGGCAAGGCCGAACGCCUCGACCCGGGCAACAACUCCGUCGUGGUCGCUUUGAACGACGGCUCACAACGUGCUCUCGGGUACCACACCGUCGUCGUGGCGACCGGAUCCGACGCCAAGGACGACAUGCCCUGGAAGAACGUCGGCACUAGCCAGCAGACCCGUGCCGCCAUUGCACAGCUCCAGGAGGGUAUCAAGAACGCUGAAUCCAUCGUCGUCGGCGGCGCAGGAGCAACGGGCGUUGAAUUUGCCGGGGAGCUGGGAUCCGAGUAUGCCAAAUUCGGCAAGAAGAGCGUAACGAUCAUCUCAAGCGAGUCUCUCCCGCUCGAGUUGCGCCUCAAAGACGGGGUGCGCGAGGCCGCCAAGAAGGAGCUCGAGAAGAUGAAGAUCAAGGUCAUCACCGAUGCCAAAGUCACGCACGUCUCCGAGUUCGGGCCCGACGGACAGAAGAUACUGGAGCUUACUGCGAAGGACGGCAGCAAGACAACGCUCAAGACGGAUUUGUAUGUCCCCACGCACGGGGCCACGUAUAAUACCCAAUUCGCCCCCGUCAGCAUGCAAGAUGCCAACAAACGCCUGCACCAAAAUACAUUUCUGCGCGCGCCAGGGUACGAGAAUGUAUUCGUGCUAGGCGACGCAGGGAAUCUCGAGGUUGCGCAGGCCACUGCGUCCGAGGCGCAACUCAGGCAUCUCGUCAAGCAGUUCGGGACGUACUUCGAGUCGGGCAAGGUGGAAGAGUACAAGCCCAAGGAUGGAAUCAUGAUGGGCGUCACGGUUGGACGGGACCGAGCCACCGGGCAAAUGGGGAAUUGGAGGGUCUUGAGUCUGAUGAUUUGGUGGUUUAAGGGACGGUAUUUGGGGACGGAUUACGCUGUGAAUUAUGCGGCAGGGUUGAGGACUGCCAUAGGCGAGUGGGAGUAGAGUAAGGGUUGCCCAAGGCAACAGGGGCGGUGAUGACGAUAAAGGCCGGGAUGGCAGCAUUCCUCGAAGGGGGUUUCAAGGGGGGUGUAUGUUUGAUUUGCUUAGAUUUGCUUGCACCAAUUCCGCGCGUUCAUAUUGUUUUUGCUUUGACUUUGACUACUAGUUCUGCUUGUGCAGUAUAUACCAAUUUCUUGUUACUCAUUGCCAAAGAAACUUGGACUUAUGCUAGCAACGUGCUACCUGUACCACGGCGUCUCGAACUACCUUAGCUAGGAAACAAG